UGUGCUGGAAUUGGGAACGUAUUCUUUUCAAUUUUGCGUCCGCUUGGUACGUUUUUUGUGUAUAGUUUUCUCUAUAGUGCGGGAGCAAUUAAAAUAGUUGUUGCCACAAAUAUGACUCUAAUUGACAAGCCAUUAAUUGCGGUUGAUAUCGAGUUUCCAGAGGAAGAUGUACCCUACGAGGAGGAAAUUUUGCGCAAUGCAUACUCUGUAAAACAUUGGCUACGCUAUAUUGAACAUAAAUCCAAAGCGCCCAAUUGCGGAGUGAACAUUGUAUUUGAGCGCGCACUCAAGGAGUUACCCGGUAGCUACAAAAUCUGGUAUAAUUAUUUACGCACACGUCGCAAGCAAGUGCGUGGUCGCCCACUCAACGAUCCCAUGUAUGAUGAAGUAAAUAAUACCUUUGAGAGAGCACUAGUUUUUAUGCAUAAAAUGCCACGUAUUUGGAUGGAUUAUGGAGUAUUUAUGACGGCACAAUGUCGCAUUACGCGUACCAGGCACGUGUUCGAUCGCGCUUUGCGCGCAUUGCCCAUUACUCAGCAUCAUCGCAUUUGGCCGCUGUACUUGAAAUUUGUACGACGUUUCGAUAUACCGGAAACCGCCCUACGCGUUUACAGACGUUAUUUGAAGUUGUGCCCAGAUGAUGCGGAAGAAUAUAUUGAAUAUUUAACUGAAGCCGGGCGGUUAGAUGAAGCAGCACAACAACUGGCAUCGGUAGUGGACAACGAGCAUUUCGUAUCGAAACAUGGCAAAUCAAAUCAUCAAUUAUGGAAUGAACUGUGCGAUUUGAUUUCGAAAAACCCUGAUAAGGUGCAUUCGUUGAAUGUGGACGCUAUAAUACGCAGUGGGCUCAGGAGGUACACCGAUCAGCUGGGUCACCUUUGGAACUCCUUGGCAGAUUACUACGUGCGAUCGGGUUUGUUUGAUCGCGCACGCGAUGUUUAUGAAGAGGCAAUACAGACUGUUACAACAGUACGUGAUUUUACGCAGGUUUUCGAUGAGUAUGCCCAAUUUGAAGAGGUGUCAUUAAAUAAACGCAUGGAAAUGGUGGCAAAUGAUCCACAUGCAACCGAGGAAGAUGACAUUGAUGUGGAAUUACGAUUGGCGCGUUUUGAAUAUCUUAUGGAGCGUCGUUUAUUGCUAUUGAAUAGCGUGUUGCUGCGUCAGAAUCCACACAAUGUGCAUGAAUGGCACAAACGCGUGAAGUUAUACGAAGGCAAGCCACAUGAGAUUAUUAAUACCUACACCGAAGCUGUGCAAACUGUGCAACCAAAAUUAGCAGCUGGAAAAUUACAUACCUUGUGGGUAGAAUUCGCGAAAUUUUAUGAAUCGAAUGAUCAAGUGGAGGAUGCGCGUGUUGUUUUUGAACGCGGCACUGAGGUGGAGUAUGUAAAAGUAGAAGAUUUGGCAGCAGUUUGGUGUGAAUGGGCUGAAAUGGAGAUAAGGUUUAUUCGAAUACACUAUUCGAUUACAAGUUUUAUGUUAACCAAAUACGUACAAACAUACAUGGCUACGCCAAUCCUGAACUGA